CCAGCAAAAGUCUCAGGUUAAGCCAAGGUAGAAAUGCAAGUUUCCAUGAACAGCCGCUAUCUUUUCCUUGCUUCAUGAUAGGACCUAACCAUCUUAUUCUUUCAGCUCCAGUGACCUCCACAUUCUCACCAGGAUCUCCAGCAUCUCUGACCCCCACCCCCAGCUCUACUGCAGGCAAGGGCCCGGCCCUGGUGCCAUUCACCCUUAACUUCACCAUCACCAACCUGCUCUAUACCCCGGACAUGGGGCACCGAGGCUCCAUGAAGUUCAACUUCACUGAGAAGGCCCUGAAUCGCCUGCUGGAUCCUCUGUUCAAGAACACCAGUGUCGGCCCACUGUACUCUGGCUGCAGACUGACCCUGCUCAGGCCUGAGAAGGAUGGGGCAGCCACUGGAGUGGACGCCAUCUGCACCUACCACCCUGACCCCACGCAUCCUGGGUUGGACAGAGAGAAGCUGUACCAGGAGCUGAGUCAACUGACCAAUGGUGUCACCCACCUGGGCACCUACACCCUGGACAGUGAGAGCCUCUAUGUCAAUGGUUACACCCGUCAGUCCUGGACACCUACCUUCAGCAGUCCAGUGACUUCUACAUUCUCUCUGGAAUCUUCCACAUCUCAGCCCAUCAUCCUCAGCUCCACAGGCUUGAGCCCCUCUCUGGUGCCUUUCACCCUCAACUUCACCAUCACCAGCCUGCGCUACACAGAGGACAUGGGCCCCCCAGGAUCUGAGCUAUUCAACACCAUAGAGAGGAUCUUGAAUCGCCUGCUCAAGCCCUUGUUCCAGAACAGCAGCAUUGGACUCCUCUAUUCUGGCUGCCGAUUGACCCUGCUCAGGCCUGAGAAAAACGGAAGAGCCACUGGAGUUGAUGCUGUCUGUACUUACCGUCCUAAUCCCGUGGGCCCUAAACUAGACAGAGAGAGGCUGUACUGGGAGCUGAGCCAUGAGACCCAUGGUGUCACCCAGCUGGGCUCCUUCAUCCUGGACAAGGAUAGCCUCUACGUCAAUGGCUACACCCAACGGACCUCAGUCUCCACCACCAGUGCUGCUGUGACCUCUGUGCCUUUCCCAGGGACCUCGGUGGUACCAACCCACUUCUCCAGCUCCACUGCAGCAACCCUUUUCCUGGUGCCUUUCACCCUCAACUUCACCAUCACCAACCUGUACUUCGAGGAGAACAUGCAGAGCCCAAGCUCCUGGAGAUUCAAGGCCACAGAGAAGAUCCUGCAGGGUCUGCUCGAACCCAUGUUCAAGAAAAGCAGUCUGGGAUUCCUCUAUGCAGGCUGCAAACUAGCCUCCCUCAGGCCUGAGAAGGAUGGGGCAGCCACCAGAGUGGAUGCCAUCUGCAUGCAUCGCCCAGACCCUGAAGGCCCUGGACUGGACAGAGAGCAGCUGUACUGGGAGCUGAACCAGCUGACCCAUGGCAUCACCCUGCUGGGCCCCUACACCCUGGACAGGGACAGUCUUUAUGUCAAUGGUUUUACUCGUCAGAUAUCUGCACUCAUCACCAGCACUCCUGGCACCUCCACAGUAGACCGGGUAACCUCUGGGACACUGUCCUUCUCCAGUCCCACAGUUUCCAUGACCUCUACCAUCUCCCCAGCAACUUCUGCAGCCCCAGUCCAGGUCUCUACAGCUGCUGGCCCUGCCCUGGUGCCCUUCACUCUCAACUUCACCAUCACCAACCUACCCUACAUAAAGGACAUGCAGCCAGGCUCUGCGAAGUUCAACUCCACCGAGUCAGUUCUGCAGCGUCUGCUCAAGCCCUUGUUCACCAACAGCAGCAUCGGUUCACUCUACGCUGGCUGCAGACUAACCACACUAAGGCCUGAAAAGGGUGGAACAGCCACUGGAGUUGAUGCCAUCUGCACCCACCAUCCUGACCCAUCAGGUCUCAGCCUGGACAGGGAGCGGCUCUACUGGGAGCUGAGCCACCAGACCCAUGGUGUCACCCGGCUUGGUUUCUACAUCCUGGACAGGAAUCAUCUCUAUGUCAAUGGUUACACCAGGCCAGUAUUGACCUCCACUCCCAGUGUUUCUAGCCCUGCACUGGUUCUGUUCACCCUUAACUUCACCAUCAACAACUUGCGCUACAUGGAAGACAUGCAGCUUCCCAGCUCUGCCAAGUUCAGCAAAAUAGAGAAGAUCCUGCAGGACCUGCUCAGACCCUUAUUCAGGAACACCAGUGUAGGCCCCCUCUACUCCAGUUGCAGAUUGACUUCACUCAGGCCUGAGAAAGAUGGAGCAGCCACCAGUGUGGAUGCCAUCUGCACCCACCUCCCUGACCCCGCAGGCCUGGGGCUGCACAGAGAGCGGCUAUACUGGGAGCUGAGCCAGCUGACCCAAGGCAUCACCCAGUUGGGUCCCUACAUCCUGGACCAGAACAGUCUCUAUGUCAGUGGUUACACCUACCAGACAUCAGAAACCACCCCCAGCGCCACUGGACCACCUCUGGUGCCUUUCACUCUCAACUUCACCAUCACCAACCUGCCCUACAUGGAAGACAUGUGGCCUCUAGGGUCCUUGAAAUUCAGCACCAUGGAGAAGUCCCUGCAGCACCUGCUUGGACCCUUGUUCAAGAACACCAGUGUGGGCCCCUUGUAUUCAGGUUGCAGACUGACCUUGCUCAGGCCUGUGAAGAAUGGAGCGGCCAUCGGCGUGGAUGCCAUCUGCACCCACCACCCUGACCCCAUGGGCUUUGGGCUGGAUAGGGAGCGACUGUACUGGGAGCUGAGCCAGCUGACACUUGGUGUUACCCAGCUGGGCUCCUAUACCUUGGACAAGGACAGUCUCUACAUCAAUGGUUACACCCAUCAGACCUCAGCCAUCACUCCCAGUGCCACCAAUCUUCACCUGGUGUCCUUCACCCUGAACUUCACCAUCACCAACAUGCACUACACUGAGGACAUGGGGCGCCCAGCUUCUUUGAAGUUCAACUCCACCAAGAGGAUAUUACAGCACCAACUCAAGGCCUUGCUCAAUAAGACUAGUGUCGGCCCCCUCUACACUGGCUGCAGGCUGGAGUCACUCAGGCGUGAAAAGAGUGGAGCAGCCACUGGAGUAGACAUUGUCUGCACCCUCCACUAUGACCCUGCAAGACCUGAGCUGGACAGAGAACAGCUGUACUGGGAGCUGAGCCAUGAGACCCAUGGCAUCACCCGGCUGGGCUCCUUCACCCUUGACCGGGACAGCCUCUAUGUCAAUGGUUACACCUAUGGAGCUGUGGCCCCCACUACCACCACUGGGGAGGUCAGCGAGGAGCCAUUCACGCUGAACUUCACCAUCGACAACCUGCGCUACUCAGCAGACAUGGGUCGUCCUGGCUCUCUCAAGUUCAACAUCACGGACACCCUCAUGCAGCACCUGCUCAGCCCAUUGUUCCAGCGGAGCAGCUUGGGUGCCCAAUAUGCAGGCUGCAAGGUCACCUCGCUAAGGUCUAUGAAGAAUGGUGCCAAGACAAGGGUGGAUAUCCUCUGCACCUACCGGCCGCCUCCCAGCAGCCCGGGGCUGCCAGCCAGACAGGUGUUCCAUGAGCUGAGCAGACAGACCCGUGGCAUCACCAGGCUGGGCCCCUAUUCUCUGGACAAGGACAGUCUCUACCUCAAUGGUUACAAUGAACGUGGUCCAGAUGAGCCUCCUACUACUCCUGAGCCAACCACCACACUCCUGCCUACAUUAUCAACAUCUGUGCAACCAGAAUCCGCCACAGCUGUGGGACACAACCUGAAGACCUUCACACUCAACUUCACCAUCUCCAACCUUGUGUAUUCAUCAGACAUGAGCCAUGGCAUGGCCAUGUUCAACUCCACCAAGAGGGUCCUGCAGCGCCUGCUUGGAUCCUUGCUCCAGAAGAGCAGCCUGGGUACCUUCUACUCAAAUUGCAGACUGAUCUCCCUCAGACCUGAGCAAGAUGGUGCGGCCACUGGCGUGGGUGCCCUCUGCACCUACUACCCUGACCCCACGGGCCGCAGACUGGACAGAGAGCAGCUUUACUGGGAGCUGAGCCAGCUGACCAACGGUUUCACCCAGAUGGGCCUCUACACCCUGGUCAAGGACAGUCUCUUUGUCAGUGGCUAUGCACCCCAGACUUUAUCUCUCCAGAGCGAGUACCAACUAAAUUUCCGCAUCAUCAACUGGAACCUCAGCAAACCAGACCCCAUGUCCUCAGAGUACAUCGCCCUGCUGAGGGACAUCCAGGACAAGGUCACCAAACUCUACAGAGGCAGCCAGCUGCAAGACGUAUUCCGCUCCUGCCUGGUCACCAACUUGAUGUUGGAUUCCAUGUCAGUCACCGUCAAGGCUCUGUUCUCCUCCCGUCUGGACCCCAGCAUGGUGAAGCAAGUGUUUCUAGACAAGACCCUGAACGCCUCAUCCCACUGGCUGGGUGCCACCUACCAGUUGAUGGAUGUGCAUGUGACAGAAGUGGGGCCACCAAUUCAUCUACCAACAGACCAACCGACAAGCAAUCCCAGCUUCCAGAACUUCCAGCUGAAUUUCACUGUCACCAACCUACUGUAUUCCCAGGACAUAGCCCAGCCAGGCACCACCAGAUACCAGCAGAACAAAAGAAAUAUUGAGAAUGCGCUCAAUCACCUCUUCCGGAACAGCAGCAUCCAGAGUUACUUUUCUGACUGUCAAGUUGUAGACUUCAGGUCUGUCCCUGACAGCAACCACACUGCGGUAGACUCGGUAUGUUACUUCUCACCUUUGGCUCGGAGACUGGACAAACGGAGACUGGACAAAGUUGCCAUCUAUGAGGAAUUCCUGCGGCUGACGAAGAAUGGUACCCAGCUGCAGAAUUUUACCCUGGACAGGAACAGUGUCCUUGUGGACGGAUAUUCUCCCAACAGAAAUGAUGUCCUGACUGAGAAUUCUGACCUCCCCUUCUGGGCCGUCAUCCUCAUCAGCUUGGCAGGACUCCUGGUGCUCAUCCUGUGCCUCAUCUGCUGUUUCCUGGUCAUUGUCUGCCUGAGAAAGAAGGAGGGAGACUAUGAAAUUCGGCAACGACGCCUGGGCUAUUACCUGCCACACCUGGACCUGAGGAAGCUGCAGUGACCACAUCUGCUUGAGACCCUUUUCCCCAGGCAGGUUCCCAUGGAGCUUGACUGGAACAGAAAUAAACCACAUUGGUCAGACAUAAUCUCUGGGCCUUUCUUGACUUGGCCCCUACCUGGUUCACAGUGGACUAAAAUUUUUCCCCUUCAUGAAAACCAAAAGACAACUUCCAACUUCCGUCUGGUGGUUUCACACCAUUCCAUCCGUCGGGAACACCAGGAUUGAUGAAAUAGGCACAGGCAUGGCCAACAAAUAAAAUUAACAUCAGUGUGAGGUUUGCUACCUCGUCACUCACUGCACACCUCUCACCCUGCCAUCACCCCACCUCUCUUCCAUAUUCUGCACCCCUUUUCCCAAAGCCCUGGAAUUCUCUUUGCACUGUUUCAUUCUCUGAUGUUCUCAUUCACCAGGAUACCCAAGAAAAUCUGCCUCAGUGGCUCCUCUCCCCCUUCAUGGGUCCUCCAAGACAGGAAAUCAAGCCAAGAAGGAAUGCAUGGGUCAGAGAUGACUCUGCAAUCAGCCUUGGCAUUUGGAAGCUGAAAUGACUAGGUAUCUGGGAAGACUGAAUCCCAGAAUAAUGAACAGGAUCUGCUUUGGAUGCAAAGAGAAAUAAAAUUCAGUGGAAAGAUCUGAGAGAAAAUAAA